AUGACGCGCUACUUUGCUGACGAACACCCCCCUUACUCUCGUCUGGAGGCAAAGCCCUUCUUCGAAUCACUUUCCAACCGUGAAAAGCACUAUGCUCAUUACAUGUCGCGCGCUUCUUUUGAAGGUACUCGUGUGAUCGUCGCCCAAACCAAUCCCAACGCCGUUCCCAUCUAUAUCUUGAUUCUUGAAAUCUUCCGUGACGACAAGACUGGCGGAAUGGUCAACGUAGAACAGCUUGCCGCCAAGAGUGGUGUAUCCAAAGAAUCAUUUGAACAGUUUUUGCAAUACUCUGCACAGUUCCUGGGCAACUUGAGCAACUACAAGUCGUUUGGUGACGAAAAGUUCAUCCCACGUCUUCCCGUAGAAGAUUUGAAGAAGAUUGUAGAGGCUGCGGGUGCAAGGCUUUCACUGGAGACCCAACAAGAGAUUUACAAUGUGGAGAAAAACACGCUUCUUGGAUUCCCAGAAGACGGCCAUCUAUCUGGUUACUAUUCUUCCGACAUGACUAAGGCUGAUAUCCGCCUUGUGCAGGAUUUCUUAGAAGAGCAUAAGAUCGAACCAUUGAACACAAGAAUCUUCAAAACAAACGAAGGAUACAAAGUGGUGACCGCAUCAGGCAAUGUGGCAGACUCUCGAAAGUAUGCUUUGAGUAAUGGCAAGGAGCUCGAAAUUAGUUUUGGUGACUUCCAAAAAGAGAUGCAAAAGGUUUCCGAGAAUAUACGUCAGGCAGCUGCAUACAGUGCCAAUGAACAUCAAACCGAUAUGCUGGAAGCCUACUACGAGUCCUUUACUACGGGAUCCGUUGAAGCACACAUGGAAUCACAGCGACAUUGGCUGAAGGAUAUUGGACCUAACGUGGAAACCAACAUUGGAUUUAUUGAGACCUACCGCGAUCCACAAGGUGUCCGUGCGGAAUGGGAAGGUUUUGUUGCCAUGGUGAACAAGGAACAAACGAUCAAGUUCGGCAACCUAGUCGACCAGGCACCGACAUUUGUCUCACGGUUGCCAUGGCCAUCUACGUUCGAGCGUGAAACCAUCAACAAACCUGAUUUCACCUCGCUCGAAGUGCUUGCAUUCGCUACCGGUGGUGUCCCUGCGGGAAUCAAUAUCCCCAACUACACAAAUAUCACCCAAGUGUUGGGAUCCAAGAACGUGUCACUGGGCAACGUGAUUUCGGCGCAGUCUCCGGAUGAAAAAUUUCCGUUUAUAAAACAGUGCGAUCUCGAUUUGUACCGCAAGUACCGCAAUCCAUCAUUCGAGGUUCAGGUGGGCACGCACGAGUUGGGUCACGGAACUGGCAAAUUGUUCACUGAGGACGCGGAUGGCAAGCUCAAUUUUGACAAGGAAAUGGUCGAGAACCCGCUCACGCCUGGAAAAACUGUUCAGACAUGGUACAAACCCGGUCAAACGUUCAAUUCCAUUUUCAAGGCUAUUGCCAGUAGCUAUGAAGAGUGUCGUGCAGAGUGCAUUGCAUUGACGCUCAGUCAUCACAAGGAUAUCCUGGACAUCUUUGGAUACCGGGAUCAAGAGGCAGAGGAUGUCGUCUAUGUCAUGUAUUUAAAUAUGGCUAGAGCUGGUUUAAUGGCGUUGGAGUUUUACGAUCCAGAGGCAAAGAAGUGGGGCCAAGCACACAUGCAGGGUCGUUACGCCAUCUUCAAUGUCAUGUUGAAGGCUGGACAAGAUUUUGUGGUCAUUGAAAAGACAGACGACGGCAGCUUAGAAAUCAACAUGGAUCGAUCCAAGAUUCGGUCUGUUGGUGCACCUGCUGUGGCUGACUUUUUGGCAAAACUCCAAAUCUACAAGGCAACUGCAGACGAAAAGGAAGGCACACAGUUCUACUUGGAUGCAACCAGCGUACCUGAAGAUUGGAAGAGCAUUCGGGAUAUUGUAUUACGUAGUAAACAGCCUCGUAAAGUGUUUGUACAGGGCAAUACGUUCAUUGAGAACGAACAAGUUGUACUCAAAGAAUAUGAUCCUUCUGCACUUGGCAUGAUUCAAAGCAUGGUUGAACGCCGUGUCUAA